AUGGUUGCUACAUGGACAUAUAACGCCACCGAGCAUCUCGUUCUCAUAAAUCUCACGACCUUGAAAUAUCAAUUUAUCGCAGCUCCGGUUGCAGCGCUUACGGGAAUCGUUGAUAGCGCCCUAGCUGUAACUUCUCCCAUCAGCGUGGCUAUUAUCGCAUCUUCACCCAACUCUCCGCAGGCCUUAUACCACGUGAAAUUGAGCAAACCGGUCUCUUUUACCACUCUCCGGUCUUCGACUACGAUUUCCGUCCCCAAAACAUUUUUCGCGCAAGGCAGAUCUAUCUCAUUUCCUCGUUCGAAUACAGGACCUGACUCUGGCGAGAAAAUAGAUAUAAUCGCAAAGGCUCAUUCGACUGCGCAUGCAUUUUUCUUCCUACCUCAGAACCCUCACUAUGUCGGUCCUGAGGGCUGUCUACCCCCAUUGAUCAUUUCGAUUCACGGUGGCCCCACCCUUCAUUCCAGCCCUGGGCUUUCUUUACAGUGGCAGUAUUAUACAACCCGUGGCUACGCUGUCGCCCUGUUGAAUUAUGCUGGGUCAUCGGGAUACGGAAGAAAAUACCGCGAGAUACUCAACGGGAAAUGGGGGACUCUAGAUGUCCAGGAUGCCGCCGACUGCGCACGAUACCUUAGUUCUUCAGGUCUAAUAGAUGGAAAUGCGAUUGGAAUAACCGGGGGUAGUUCAGGCGGCUACGCUGCUCUACAAGCUAUCUGCGACUUCCCAUCCCUUUGGGCAGCCGCAGUGAGUAUCUCGGGGAUCAGCGACAUUGAAGCGCUUGUCAAGGACACGCAUAAAUUUGAAAGCUUCUACCCCCUGAAACUUAUUUUUGGACAAGACGUGCCUAGGGAUGAAAGUGUUCGACAAGUGACAUAUCGUCAGCGCAGUCCACGUUUCAAAGCACAGAAGAACAAGAUUACAGCUCGGACAAUGUUGCUCCAGGGACGGGAGGAUCAAAUUGUUCCUUUGAACCAAGCUGAGGCCAUGACGCGCUCAAUCCUUUCCAAUGGCGGUACAGCAAAGCUCAUAGUCUUUGGUGGAGAGGGUCAUGGGUUCCCGCGGGAGGCAGAAAAUGCACUACGCGCGGUGCGAGAAGAAAACAAAUGGUGGCGCCAGAGUCUAGCCAUUCAACAGGCAUCCUCGCAUCUAGAAAUCAGUAUCUCCUUGGCAGCUUUAUGUUACAUUGCUGUGAUCUUUUGGUUGUAUCAGCGAUUUUAA